CUAAGUCGCUUCGAACACGCCACCGACGUUGACAUGCGCGCUGCUCUCGAAAGCUCCCCGUAUUAUCAGACGGACGAUAAGACGACGCGCACCGAUAACCAACUCUGUCUGAACCGGUUUCUCUACACCACACACAGUAGUGAGUUACCAGCGCUCACCAAGUGUGCGCCGUUUGACCGUCGUCAAUGCGAUCACGUGCGGAACAGUUCAAUUGUUUAAUCGAUUGUUUAUUACUAAUAAUAACUUUUACUAUUUUAAUAUUGUUUACAUUUUAAUUUAACAAUAUCGUUUGAUAAAUGGACUUUUGAGCUGUCGUCUUGUCGUCGAACUUUGGAAUUUACAAAUUGAAAGAAUAAAAAAAAUGAUAUUAAAAUAACCAAGGAGUCCUACAACCAGCAAAAAUGUCACCAAACACUGAUUUUACAGCCGCCAGUCAACUUCAAAUGCCCCCGCCCCUACAACCUUUAGUAAUUACAGAAUGCAAACUUUAUAGAAGAAGAUGGACAACGUUGGCACUGUUCGUGUUGUGUUCCAUGUGUAAUGCGGCUCAAUGGAUACAAUACAGUAUCAUAACGAAUGUUAUAACUAAAUUUUACACUGUGGAUUCAUUUGCAGUGGACUUUACGUCUUUAGUAUUCAUGAUUUCAUACAUUCCACUUAUAUUCCCAGCAUCGUGGCUUCUUGAUAAAAUGGGCCUUCGAUUUGCUAUGGUUGUUGGUGCCUUAGGUACGGCUAUUGGAGCAUGGAUAAAAGUUCCAUCCGCAGAUCAAAAUAGGUUCUAUUUAACAAUGAUUGGACAGUUAGUAGUAGCUAGUUCACAGGUUUUCAUCUUAAACUUGCCUCCCCGAUUGUCGGCUGUCUGGUUUGGGCCUAAAGAAGUAUCCACCGCAUGUUCUAUAGGUGUAUUUGGAAAUCAGCUUGGUAUUGCUUUAGGUUUUUUGUUACCACCAUUAAUAGUGCCAAAUAGUGAUGAUAUGGACUCAAUAGCUUCAAAUUUGUCUAUAAUGUUUUAUGGUACUGCCAUAAUCUCAACAGUCAUAUCUAUACUAAUUUUCUAUUUUGUUAAAGCGGCUCCACCAUUACCUCCAAGUAUGGCUCAAGCUGUACAAAAAUCAUCUAAUUCUAAUGAUCCAAAAAGCUUCAUCAAAUCACUUUGGAGAUUGAUUGCCAACUAUGGGUUCAUAUUACUAUUGAUCUCUUACGGCAUUAAUGUUGGUUCAUUCUACGCCAUUUCUACGUUGUUAAACCAAUUUAUAUUGGUUUAUUUUCCAGACAGUGGAGAAGACGCAGGCAGGAUUGGUUUGUCAAUAGUUCUAGCUGGAAUGCUUGGAUCAGUGGCUUGUGGCUGCGUUUUGGAUAAAACACAUUUAUUCAAAGAAACUACACUUGUUGUUUAUGCAUUUUCUUUACUUGGCAUGAUAGUAUAUACAUUUACAUUGUCAUGUGGUUAUUUAUUUGUAGUGUACCUGUCAGCAAUUUUACUUGGGUUCUUUAUGACUGGUUACUUAGCAGUAGGAUAUGAAUUAGCUGCUGAGUUAACAUAUCCUGAAGCAGAAGGUACCUCUAGUGGUAUGUUAAAUGCUGUAGUACAAGUAUUUGGUAUAGUAUUCACACUGAUAUAUGGCUGGAUUUUCAAACUAGCUGGGGACAUAGCAGGAAAUUUAUUUUUGGUUGUAGCUCUUGUUAUAGGUACUUUAUUCACUGCUUUAAUUCCAUCAGAUUUACGACGACAGGCAGCUCAACAAAAGAAAUCAUUGGUAAACUAGUUUGAUCAAUGAACAUUGUUGAACAAUUACAUUUUAAUUAUCAGUUAAUUAAUUUUUAUUUUAUUGUGAUAAAUAUGAAUUAUAUAAUUUAACUAGCACCACCCUAGAGAUUAUAUAUGUUAAAUUUAUUAUUAUUUAUUAUCAUUAUACAAAUUAUUUACACAUUGCACUUUGAGGAUCUGAAAAUAAUAUAUUACUUCCAUAUUUUCAUAGAAAAUAAUGAAUAUUCUAACUAAAUUAGGUAAAUGAUGAUAUUGAUAUUUUUACAUUAUUCAAAAAAUAAUAAUGAUUUUUUUACAA